AUGGUCUUCGUCUCGGUCAAACCAAACAUGGUCAGCACGGUUUUGAAGGAAAUCUCGCCGGUCGUCACCCAACACAUGCUGGUCUCGCUCGCGGCUGGCAUAUCGGUCGGGUUCAUCGAAAGUAAACUUCCGGUGGGAACACGCGUCAUCCGGGCUAUGCCCAACACUCCGUGCGGAAUCGGGCAAGGCGCGACCAUGUACACAUCGGGAAGCGCAGUUAAACCCGAAGACAAGGCUUUGAUUGAGAAAUACUUUAACAGUCUUGGCUACUGCAUGGAAGGGGACGAAACAAUGAUAGACGCUGUGAUGGCCGUGAGUGGCAGUGGUCCUGCUUACGCUUAUAUUGCAAUUGACGCAUUGGCAGAUGGCGGAGUGAAAAUGGGUCUGCCACGGGACAUAGCCAUCAAGUUGGCUGCACAGACGUUACUGGGAUCGGCGAAGCUGGUCUUGCAAGGCCGAAAGCAUCCGUCGGAAACUCAAGACGACGUAUGCUCUCCGGGGGGCACGACCAUCGACGCCAUUCACGAGCUGGAGCGGGGAGGCUUCCGGAAGUGCCUCAUCGAAGCCGUGGAGGCGGCUUGCCUUAAAGCCAAGAAACUGAACACUAUGAAUGCUGAAAAUAAAUGA